AUGCAUCGCCAAAAUGAUUGCCAACUGAGACAGCUCUGCCUUCCACCUCCCACCAUCUUGGUGAGGCGUUUUCCCGUGAAAAAACGUGGGGAUCCCUGUGGCACUGUCUGUAACAUCCAGCGCUUGCCUCCAUGUGUGGAUCCCUGCUGCUAUGCUGGGAUUCCUCAGGGCACCACAACUUACGUGAACUUGGGUAAUCUUGGUGUGACACAGACUGCCAGGUGCGUGGAUCCAUGCUGUCUUGCAGUCACCACUUGUGCGCCUCCGUGCUGUGAGGAGGUGACCAAGUGCACCACCACCUGUGCAGACCCAUGCUGCUGCAAAGUGACCGAGUGCACCACCAGAUGUGAAGAUCCGUGUUGUCAGGAACUGACCAAGUGCACCACCACGUGCGUGGAUCCGUGCUGUCAGGAAGUGACCAAGUGCACCACUACAUGCGUGGAUCCGUGCUGUCAGGAAUUGACCAAGUGCACCACUACGUGCGUGGAUCCAUGCUGUCAGGAAGUGACCAAGUGUACCACCACGUGCGUGGAUCCAUGCUGUCAGGAAGUGACCAAGUGCACCACCACAUGCGUGGAUCCAUGCUGCAAAGAGGUGACCAAGUGCACCACCACGUGCGUGGAUCCAUGCUGUCAGGAAGUGACCAAGUGCACCACCACGUGCAUGGAUCCGUGUUGUCAGGAAGUGACCAAGUGCACCACCACGUGCGUGGAUCCGUGUUGUCAGGAAGUGACCAAGUGCACCACCACUUGUGUGGACCCAUGCUGCAAAGAAGUGACCCGGUGCACCACCAGAUGUGUAGAUCCAUGCUGCAAAGAAGUGACCCGGUGCACCACCAGAUGUGUAGAUCCAUGCUGCAAAGAAGUGACCCAGUGCACCACCAGAUGUGUAGAUCCAUGCUGCAAAGAAGUGACCCAGUGCACCACCAGAUGUGUAGAUCCAUGCUGUGGACCUGUGACUAGAUGUGCCACUACAUGUGUUGAUCCAUGCUGUGGCAAAGUGACCAAAUGCACCACCACAUGUGUUGAUCCAUGUUGUGGGGAAGUGACCAAAUGCACCACCAGGUGCGUAGAUCCAUGCUGUGGAGGUGUCACUAGAUGCACCACUAAAUGUGUGGACCCAUGCUGUGACAGAGUCACCAAGUGCACUACCAGGUGCGUAGAUCCAUGCUGCAGAGAGGUGACCAAGUGCACCACUAAGUGUGUGGAUCCAUGCUGCGACAGAGUGACCAAGUGCACCACCAGAUGCGUGGAUCCAUGCUGUAACGAAGUGAUCAAGUGCACCAGCAGGUGCGUAGAUCCAUGCUGUGGAGAUGUCACCAGAUGCACCACUAAGUGUGUGGAUCCGUGCUGUGGGGAAGUGACCAAAUGCACCACCAGGUGCGUAGAUCCAUGCUGUGGAGGUGUCACCAGAUGCACUACUAAGUGUGUGGAUCCGUGCUGUGCAGCUGUGACCAGAUGCUCCACCAGAUGCGUGGAUCCCUGCUGUAGUGAGGUGACCAAGUGUACCACCACGUGCGUGGAUCCGUGCUGUCAGGAAGUGACCAAGUGCACCACCACGUGUGUGGAUCCAUGCUGUGGAGGAGUGAGUGAAUGCACCACCAAGUGCGUGGAUCCGUGCUGUCAGGAAGUGACCAAGUGUACCACCACGUGCGUGGAUCCGUGCUGUCAGGAAGUGACCAAGUGUACCACCACGUGUGUGGAUCCAUGCUGUCAGGAAGUGACCAAGUGCACCACCACGUGUGUGGAUCCAUGCUGUCAGGAAGUGACCAAGUGUACCACCACGUGCGUGGAUCCCUGCUGUGGAGGUGUGAGUGAAUGCACCACCACGUGUGUGGAUCCCUGCUGCAAAGAAGUGACCAAGUGCACCACCACAUGUGUGGAUCCCUGCUGCAAAGAAGUGACCAAGUGCACCACCACGUGUGUGGAUCCCUGCUCCGUCCCCCCGUGCAUGGGUGUAUGCACCUCUGCCUGCGGCCGGCACUACUCCAUCACAUGUGCAGAUGUCUGCUGUCGUAAAUGCAUGGCUCCUUGA